AUGUCCGAAGAUUCAAAUAAGGACAAGCAGUACAUAGAACAGUUAACCAGUGAAAAUUACAACUCAGAUGAGGAUUCUUUUAUCCCAUACGUAACAGAAGAUCUUGAGCAGUGUGCAUUUGUCGCAGAUUCUUUUUGUGAUCAACUUUUGCCACGGACAACACAGAUUUUAUUGGAAUAUAACUCUGGAAAAUGGGUACCACGACUUCGUGAACCACGAGAUUUAUAUGGGCUUUCUCCUGCAGGAGAUCUGCACUUAGUACGCUGGCCACAUCAGUAUGAAGUUAUCAGAGAAAAAAUUAAGCAUAUUGAAUGGAUUCCAUCUCAUCCAGAGCUUCUCUACAAUCCCACAGGUUUAGACAUCGAACCUCCGUGUCCAGAUCCAGGGGAAGGUGGUGUUGUGUAUUUAGCAGAUGAAGCCGAUAAGGACCCCAGCUUUAGAUAUUCUCGAAUAGGGGGAAGUUUCCCUUCAAAGCAAGUGCUUCCUCAAUCAUGGAAUGACUGGGAUAAUACUUUGAUCUUUGAAGCACGAUUUGAAAGUGGAAAUCUACAAAAGGUGGUCAAAAUUAAUGAUUUUGAAUAUCAGUUGACACUGCGUACUGAUCUCUACACAAAUAAGCACACCCAAUGGUACUACUUCCAGGUUACCAACACCCAAGCAGGAAUGCCUUACCGAUUCACCAUUGUCAACUUCACCAAGCCAACAAGCUUGUAUAAUCGUGGCAUGCGUCCAUUAUUAUAUUCAGAAGCAGAGGCAAAGAUCCACAAAGUGGGGUGGCAAAGGACAGGAGAUCAAAUCAAGUAUUAUAAAAACAAUUUCAGCCAUGAUGGGCACCAAUAUUUUUCCUUGACAUGGACUUUCCAAUUUCCACAUGACAGGGAUACUUGCUAUUUUGCCCACUGCUAUCCAUACACUUACAGCAACCUGCAAGACUACUUGUCAGCCAUUGCCAGAGACCCACGGCGGUCCAAAUUCUGCAAAAUACGUAUAUUAUGUCAUUCUCUGGCUAGGAAUAUAGUCUAUGUUUUAACUAUUACUAAUCCCUUGCAAGAUUUUAAUAAGGAAAAAUGCAAGUCAGCAGUCAUUUUGACAGCAAGGGUGCAUCCUGGUGAAACAAACAGUUCAUGGAUGAUGAAAGGCUUUCUGGAUUACCUUCUAGGGGAUUCAGAUAAUGCCCAAUUGCUCCGAGACACUUUUAUUUUUAAAGUGGUACCGAUGUUGAAUCCAGAUGGUGUGAUUGUGGGCAAUUAUCGCUGCUCUUUAGCCGGCAAGGACUUGAAUCGCAAUUAUAGAUCAGAUCUUAAAGACUCUUUUCCUUCUAUUUGGUAUACCCGCAGCAUGAUCAAAAGAAUAAUGGAAGAGCGAAAUGUUCUUCUAUACUGUGACCUUCAUGGUCAUAGCAGGAAAGAAAAUGUCUUCAUGUAUGGCUGUGAAAAAAAAGAACAAGAUGAAAGGGCAUGCUUACUCCAGCGCAUUUUUCCUUUCAUUAUGAGCAAAAAUUGUCCAGAUAAAUUCUCAUUCCAAGAUUGCAGUUUUAAAAUGCAGAAAGGCAAAGAAGGAACAGGUCGAGUAGCUAUGUGGAAGAUGGGCAUUAACAACAGCUAUACCUUGGAAGUAACCUUCUGUGGCUCUAAACUGGGAAAUAGUAAUGCUACCCACUUCAAUACUAAAGAUUUGGAGUCCAUCGGAUACAAUUUCUGUGAUUCAUUAUUGGCGUUUUGUACUGAAAAGAAGAGCAAGUACAAUGAAUGCCUGAAAGAAUUGGAGGAACUAGUAAAACAGGACGAUCCAGCUGCCUGUGUCAAUGAUAUAGGAGACAGAGGGGAUUCUAGUUCAGACAGUUCAGACUCUAAUGAGUUUGCUGAUAAAACAGAAACCCAGACAAAAUCAAAGAAAAAAUAUUUGAAAGUAAAGAAGGAAAGAAGUUUUGUUUUGGAAUCCUCGGGAAGAAGAUAUUCGAAACAUUUACAUGAACCAGUGGUAGAUUAUAAUUGUUGUAUCGUAGCUACUCACUAUAGCUUGUUUAUUCUUACAGAUGUUCAUAACACACCAGUUAUGCUAUUCCCUUUUGGGAUAAGAAGUGUUAUGUGGAAAAGAAAUUCUUCACUUCACCUAAGGACAUUACAGAAUGUUACCAUUGAAGAUGUAGAUGUUCAUCUUUUUCCAUAUCAAAAUUACAGUGUUUUUAUCUACUUGAACUUGUUUGAUGCCACUUCCAAUGCCCAGGUUUUUCAGAAAUUAAAACUGAUGGAAUUACAAAACAUGGAAAGAGAAAAGUAUGAAAUUAACAAGCAGAAUGUAGAGACUUUUUCCAGAACAACAAAUGCAAAAAAGUCAAAGACUUUAGCAGGGGUUCAUGAAUUGUUUAAAGAAACUAGUUCCAUUUUAAAAAGUAAAGCAGAUCAAAUGGCUUUCCCCUCUAAAAAAGAUUUUGGAUGGGAUCUAGCCCAGCCUUUUAAGCACGCUGUUUCCCAGAGACUUUUCCUACCUCCUACUUCCCAUAACCAAAUGUGCAAUACACCAAGAAGAAAUAGUGCACUUCUGGGUUGCCGACUUCCUAGAGUGGAAAAUAUGAAGAGGGAACCAGUAGCAGAAAAUCAUCCUGGAAGGGACUGUGUCACACUACAGUUAGAAGAAAAAGAACUACAAAAUAUUGCUCUAGCUCAAGAAAUCCAUUUAAAUGCUCCAUAUAACAAAGCUGCAACCUGGAGAUUAGAAAAGUAUCAAACUGGAAAGACCAAUAGUUGCAGAGAAAAAGCAUCUCCAGAGAUCAAAGGUUUCCCUGAGCCACCAAAAAGUAUUUUACCUGGAAGCAAAGAUAAAGUAAAGGAACUGUCACCAGCAAGAAAUGCAAAAACUAACAGAAUUAGUGGAGGGAACUGUGAAGAAGAUCUUAAACUGAACAGAUCUUCUAUAACACAAGAUUUGCUGCUAUCCCUUCCUUUGAUGUCUGAGGGAAAAUACAGUCAGCCCACUGAAAAAUAUUUGAGGAGUGAACGACAUCUAAAAUCCUUGAGCCGACACCGACCACGCCUUGCUACUUUACUGACUGCAAAAGGGCCCAACAAAACAAUUUUAAUGAAACAUUCUGAAGAUGAUGAAACAUCCAGGUCUCUACUGCAAAGCAGGCCAAAAAUGCCAACAACAAACCUGCUUUGCCAGAGUGAAAGGAAAUUUUUUCCUAAGAGAUGUAAAAGUGACAGACCUUCAGGGCAAGAUCUUCCAAACACAACUGAGAGGAUUUCUUUUCAUGCGUAA